AUGGAUGACUUGGAUUUAUUUGAAAAUCUUCGCGCCGUUGAAAAUUUGGAGAUCAUAGAAAUGGAUGCUGAGAUUGUGAGAAAUUCUCGCGAAGCUCUAAAUCCCUUCCAACAUUUAUCUGAUAGACAGUUCAUAGGAAAGUACAGACUAUCAAAAGACCUAUGUCAAAUUGUAAUUGACAUGGUUAGGCCUUUCAUGAAGGAACCAUCAAGGCAAAGUGCAUUGACUAUUGAACGCAAGGUUUUAACAGCUCUGAGAUUUUUAGCAGCAGGAAGUUAUCAGUUAGAUGUUGGGGAAAAUAGCCAUUCUUUAGUUAGUCAACCAUCGGUUAGCCGAAUAAUUGAAGAAUUCGUUAAUGCUGUGAAUAACCCAAGUAUUUUUGAAAAAUAUGUUUAUUUUCCCAGAAACUUUGAGGAGCUAAAUGGUUCAUGUCAACGAUUUUACAAUAAGUAUUCAUUCCCCGGAAUUAUUGGAGUAAUUGAUUGCACGCAUGUUGCAAUUGUGCCACCUAAAACUGAGGACAACUUGUACCCAGAGCAUAUUUAUGUAAAUAGAAAGGGAUACCAUUCUAUCAACACUCAACUGAUAUGUGAUGCAGAUUUAAAAAUAAUAAAUGUAUCUGCUAAGUUCCCGGGUUCUGCGAACGAUGCUUGUGUUUGGAACUCUAGCAAUGUAAAAACAUUUCUAAUGGACCUUCACGAAAAUGGUCAUGCAUCGUACUUCUUAUUAGGUGAUUCAGGAUAUGCCCUUCGUCCUUGGUUAAUGACUCCGUACUUGGAUCCUGCUCCACUAUCCCCCGAAGCUUCUUACAAUAAUGCAUUUUGUUCAAUUAGAUCAACAAUUGAACGAUGCAUUGGUGUUCUGAAAAUGCGAUUUCGAUGUCUAUUGAAACAUAGAGUGCUUCAUUAUACGCCAAAUAAAGCAUCCAAAAUAAUUAACACAUGUGUUGUUUUGCAUAAUAUGUGUAUUACAGACAACGUGUCAUUGGUUGAUGUUGAUGAAGAUGAGAUCAUUGACUUUGGUAUUUAUCAGACACUGGAUGAAACUUUAUUGAAUAAUAGAGGAAUGGUCAACUUAAGAAAUCCUGAAUUAUCUAGUGGACGACAUAUUCGAGACCAAAUUGUUCAAACUUUAUUCAAUAAUUAA